AUGAUGAUUGAAAUGAACUCGAACAAUGACCUGGGACUCAUUGCCGAGGAGGCCUCUAUUCCAGAGAUUGACGAGUCUAAGGAAAACUCCUUAUUUUCCGAACCGUUAACCUACCACCGCCCUUUGGUCCAUUUCCGACCAAUCUCCCUGCCCGAGAAAACACGAAGGCUCAGUCGGAGAUUUUCAAGGGCAUUUAUUGGCAAAGCAAGGAGACAUACGAUGACGGAAUUGGUUGAAGAUCGAAAUUCUAGACGAAGUUCCUUAAAAUUUGGCCGAGAGGAAACUCAAACUAGCACAGCUCAUCCGGCUUCGUUUUUGGGGCGGCAGCGAUCUGAUUCCGUGACGUCGGGAACAACUGCUGCGGAUGGGAGAAGGGGAAGUCUGCUUUUUGGAAAUCGGCGAAAUUCUAGCGUUAGGGCUUUGGCCGAUUCGAAAUUCCGCUCUGCGGUCAAAAACACCAUCAUGAAUAGAUUGACAAACGAUGGAAGGACAUUUUCAGGCCUGCCGAUGACAUUUUACAACCCGGAAUAUCAAGAACGUGAAUUGUUCGAAAACACCUACAAGCUCAAUCCAGAUCGCAAAUUCAACGUGGCAAAUGUCAAGCCCCUUAUCGCGGCUACAGUGGCGAAAUUUGCGGAGAACUCGAGCUACAGCCACUACCACGCCCAGAGCCGCGUGGGAAUGAUGUGCGACAGGGUGCGAGAAGAACUCAAGCAGUUUGGCUACGCGCGCUAUCGAUACAUUAUUUCAGGCUUCAUCGGGGAACAAGGAAGACACGGACUGCACAUCGCUUCGAGAUCGCUCAUCAACGACACUUUCGACCGCUCCUUCGAAAUUUCAAUCAACACGCCGAAAUGCAUCACCAUUUGUACUGUCCACGCCAUUUUUACUGAAUAA